UUGCCUGAAGUCUCCAGGGGUGGAAGGGCCCCUUAUUUGACUUUUUUUAAAUAGCAAAUUCAGUGAAAUAAAAAACCUAUAGAGCUCAUGUAAUAUUAAUGAUGCUGGAGUACCAGCAAUAAAAUCACUCACUUUAACCCUAUGCACCCCUGUAUUUGCAUCCUAAACACAGAGUGCAGUAAUAUUUGUACAAAGUAUGCAUUGAGGUAUCGUAUGAAAGCUAAUACUCUUGUAAUUAAUAUAAUUGUAAACUGCAUGUCUAAACGUUAUAUGUGAAGUUAUGAAUUCUUUGCUGUUACUAGAACACAUUUAAAACCAGACAGCCUCGCCUAGAUAAAGAUAAUAAACAGGUCUGUCAUAAACAAAGGAGUGUUCCCAUAAUAGCAGUAAACAAAGCUGUCGAACUGAACCAUUGGGAGUUACCCUGAUCCUGAACUUGAAAGAUUGAGAAUUAUCAAGCUUAUGUUGAGUAUGAGUCUUGUUAUGAUUAGCGAGAAUGUAAAACUGGCCCGUGAAUAUGCAUUGCUGGGAAACUAUGAUUCUGCAAUGGUCUACUACCAAGGAGUACUUGACCAAAUGAAUAAAUACCUCUACUCUGUCAAAGAUACAUAUCUGCAACAGAAAUGGCAACAGGUUUGGCAGGAGAUAAGCGUGGAAGCUAAGCAUGUGAAGGAUAUAAUGAAAACACUGGAAAGCUUUAAAUUAGAUUGCACUCCCUUGAAAGCAGCACAGCAAGAAUUACCAGCUCGUGAUGAAGUGUGGUCCUUGCCUGUGCCAGCUGAACGUAGACCUUCUCCAGGAGCCAGAAAACGUCAGUCUGUUCAGUGCAAUGAUUGCAGAGGUCACAAUAACCGUGUAAGUGCAGCCGUCAGAGGCCCUCACCGGCCCGCCUCUCGAAAUCCUAAUGAUAAAGGGAAAGCAGUCCGUGGCCGAGAAAGGAAGGAUCAGCAGAAUAAAGGAAGAGAGGAAAAGAACAAGUCGUCAUCUGAUGUUUCAGAAUCUGAGCCAAAAAAGUUUGAUGGUACUGGGUAUGAUAAAGACUUAGUAGAGGCUUUGGAAAAAGAUAUAAUUUCUCAAAAUCCCAAUGUUCGAUGGGAUGAUAUAGCUGAUUUAGUUGACGCCAAAAAAUUGCUCAAAGAAGCUGUAGUCUUACCAAUGUGGAUGCCAGAAUUCUUUAAGGGAAUUAGAAGACCGUGGAAGGGUGUGCUGAUGGUUGGUCCACCUGGUACUGGAAAGACUCUCCUUGCAAAAGCUGUAGCUACUGAAUGCAAAACAACAUUUUUCAACAUCUCUUCAUCAACACUUACUUCAAAAUACAGAGGAGAAUCUGAGAAACUUGUCCGCCUGCUGUUUGAAAUGGCUCGAUUUUAUGCACCAACAACUAUAUUUAUUGAUGAGAUAGACUCUAUCUGUAGUCGCAGAGGAACCUCGGAGGAGCAUGAAGCCAGCCGACGGGUAAAAGCAGAACUACUGGUUCAGAUGGAUGGUGUUGGAGGGGCUGCUGAAAAUGAUGAUCCUUCCAAAAUGGUUAUGGUACUUGCUGCUACUAAUUUUCCUUGGGAUAUUGAUGAGGCCCUAAGACGACGACUAGAAAAGAGAAUUUACAUUCCUUUACCAUCAGCAAAAGGCAGAGAAGAACUCUUACGGAUAAACCUGCGAGAGUUGGAACUGGCUGACGAUGUUGACCUUGCAAAUAUAGCUGAAAAAAUGGAAGGUUAUUCUGGUGCAGACAUUACCAAUGUAUGCAGGGAUGCAUCACUGAUGGCUAUGAGAAGGCGUAUUGAAGGCUUGACACCAGAAGAAAUCCGAAAUCUUUCCAGGGAUGAAAUGCAUAUGCCUACAACUAUGGAGGAUUUUGAAAUGGCUUUAAAAAAGGUUUCUAAAUCGGUAUCUGCUGCGGACAUUGAAAAAUAUGAAAAAUGGAUUGUUGAAUUUGGAUCAUGCUAAGUCUUCCUAACCAAACUUCCCCUGGGAAACCUGUCUUAAAACAGCUUCAGAAGUAAUGAAAGGUAGUGUUCAUGUGCACUAAGUGCUAUUUUUUUAACUUUCUUGAACUUAAGAGCAACAUGAUUCUGAAUAAAGUAAUUUUUUAAAUUGCA